AUGAGAAAGUUUGCCUCAGUGGGUAAACAAUACGUCAAAGAGGGUAGCCCCCCAGAUCUCUACCAAGCAUCCGCCACAGAGAGAGGCAAGAACGCAGGCGUGAACUACAAUGAGAAAGUUCAUUUGGGCGAAUGA